AUUAUCACAAUCAUUGCUUUGCUCGGGAGUUAUCUCGUGCUAAGAGCGUUUCACAAAUUUCGGAAUCUGCGAACUGCUUCCAACAACAUUUUGGUGAGUUUGUCUAUCGCCGACGGCUUACUAGCGAUUCCCUUGAUUCUUGAUAUCAUUCAGUUAUGCCUUAAGUAUAGUAAUGUUGGGCAAUGUCCAAGUAUUCUUAAAGAAGUAGGCGGAACUGUCACCUUGUUUCUCUUUUCGGUCAUUGUUCUUCAUCUCACCUUAAUGAGUUCAGAACGUUUCAUCGCCAUCAAGUUCGCCUUAAGAUACCAGGUCAUAGUGACCAAACGCCGAGCACGGAUCGUUUCCAUCGCGAUGUGGCUGUGGGCUCUGGUCAUUGUUAUUGCUCUUCCAUGGACGCUUUAUGGGACAACAGGCCACAAAGAUUACAGAGAAUUUCACAUAGGGAUGCAUCCAGAUAGGGAUGAAGCCCAAGAGCUCCCCAUCAGAUGGCAUCUUGUAUUCACAGCUGCGUCAAUGUUUCUUGUUCCCCUGUUGAUCAUGAUAUGCUCGUACACCUACAUCUUCAUAGUGUCCUACAAGCAGAGACAACGUGUCAGAAAACAGAGCCGCGACGUUCCAGGAAUGCCAACUGUCAAGCACGAAAUGAAAGGCGCCCGAACUCUCGCCAUUGUUGUGGCGCUGUGUCUGCUCAGUAUCAUUCUUAUCCUUGUUGUGACAUCCCUCCGAGUUUUCUGGGGCACAUUACUCGCAGGCCACUACCAGCAAAAGUUACUGCAGCAUGUCGUUUAUAAGGUGGCGAUGCUUUUGAACGCUGCAUGCAAUCGUCUUAUCUAUGGAUGGAGAAAUGAGGAAUUCAGAAACGCUUUUCGCAAGAUGCUAAAGUGCUGCUAAGCGAGUUUAGCGCAUGAACGCCGUUAGGUAUUGUAUGCCAUAUCCAAGAUUUAAUAUUCUUUUCUUGCAGGCAAAUUGGCUAAGUAUCGAGUAACAGACGAUACCAAACUCUCUUUUGCAAGCCACUGAGAACAGCUCAAUUUGGUUUGUACCUUUCCUCUCUUGUCUGCUAAAUUACUAGACUCAAAUAAAGAGCCCUACGUAGGAACUGUAAUAACAUAGCGGCGCGAAUGUAAGUUGGUCAAAUUUUGUAACGAGUUUCAUUUUGACUAAAAAAAAGACUCUGUUCUAUGAAUAAGACCUUUUACAAGGGGCCCAGUGAAGGACAUAAACUGAUAGCUGCGAAUUCGUCAACAUUUUUACUGUCAGCAGAGAAAAGAGGGAUUUUUAACUGAGUGCUGAGACUUGAUCAAAAAUUAUUGAUACGAGUGAGGAAAACCAACGGCGAUUCCAACACCCCCAUGCAGACCCAUUUUAACUCUUAAAUGUUGUAAAAGAAAAAGCUGCGCAAUUUCAUUCGUGCUUAUGCAGAUAGCAUGGUGAAGAAACAAAAUUUGUCCAUAAAAGUUUAGAGUUAAUUUCAAACAUUCCAGUCUCUUGGUAUCAUGCAAUGAAAUACCAUACCCAAAAACAAACCACAAAAACGCAUAUACCGUUUAGGCACAUGGUUCAAAGAACAUCUGUUGGGGGACACCGGGAAGGGGGUGACUCCCAAAUGAAAACGAUGGAAUAUUCGUUGUCUCGCUUAGGAUUGAUCAUGACUGAAACCAAUGUGAUAUCUUUACCCAUAGGGGUAUCAUUGUGGAUUGUGAGUAAAGAAAUAACUAGGUAAAACAAACAAAUGCUUUAUAACAAAGGGAGAACAGUUGUGACAAAAUCGCGAAAAAACGCGAAAUUUGUAGUUUUUGUAAUUUUCGUUAAAAUUGUAAAAUCACAGGUAACCCAGGCUCUGUGAUAGUACCACAGUACGGUUCCAGUAAAAUUACAGCGUUUGUAUGGGGUAAAAGUACGAUCCUAAAAUUUCUACGAAAUACUAAAUAAAGAUCAAUGAAACUUACUCUGCAGUUAGUUGUUGUUGUCAUUAAUGGUCCAACGAAGUUUCGUGAUAAUUUGUUCAAAUUCACUGUAUAUACAAUAAUAAUAUACAAGGUAGGAGACACGAGAUGCCAUCUUCGCCGCCAUGCCCUCAUUCAACUGCAACUUUUUCCACGAAAUCCGAACUACGACAGAAAAUAAACAUGCCAGGAUUGUAAUAAUAGGAUAGCAGCAGAUAAAGAAACAAAUAAAGCUUUCCCAGAUAGAGAAGCGAAUCCCGCAGACUUAAACAAACUCGAAGGAUGUAAUCCAAAAAGGCCGAGAAUAUGCUCCCCGAAGUAGCCGGGCCAGAUCAACGCGCGGCCAAGAAAAUGAGGCGUGGGCACUGUACAAAAAAAAUCCAUCCCGGGUGUCCUGGGUUGACCUUUCUAGGGACCGAUACAUAGCUUUACCAAAGUUAGCCACCCCUGCUGGAAAUACAUUUGCUCGACGGCUAUUGUUCAUUUGAGAAAAACACCACUCGCCCAAGCGAACUACAUGUUCCGGUGCAGAAUUGUAUUCUGAGGAACCUGAAGUAGGAUGGAGGAGUACUGAAAUCGCCGAAAAAAAUAGUGGAUUAUGCCAACACUAACAACGUUGAAUUAAUGUUGACCCGAUUGUUUUAUUCCAUGGUUGAUUAAUUUACAGCUAUUUGCAAAUACUUAAGUUGAUCAAGUGCGAGUGACUACCAGAGGAGAGUGUAGAUUGGUUCUUUGACAACAAAAUGACAUGAUCAUAUUGCUUGCAUAGACGAUACAGCAUGUCCCGGCAGAAAAACAGCAUUUUUAUAAAUGAGCAUGCGCUGAACCGUGAAUCUGUCCCUUUAAGGACAGUACAUUUGCAGCAGUUCAAAGCAAUGUAGCAUCCUAAACUAUAGCUAUGUGAAAUUGGUACCAUUUGUCAGUAGAAGGGUAUACGAAAGGGGUACCUUUUCUGUAAAAAAUAGUAUAUGUGGUAAUGAAAGGUUAAGGCGUUUGACCUCGGGGCGGAGCCUCCUCGUAUAAAAAUUAUCAGUCCGCUGCCGCACAGCUGGUCGAUAACAGGAAGGUACUGUCUUUUUCCAAGACAGAGCUGAAUUACUUGAAUAAUAUAUAGAUUUAGCCACGGCUUAAAGCGAAGCGCUCGAUAAUAUUUAUAGUUUGUUCAAACCAAAUAUAAAAUGAUGUAAUGCUAAGCGGCGAAGGCAACGCCGGAGAACGAUGAAAAAACAACAAUUUGUGUAAUUAGCAAAAAUGCAACUUUGCACGUGCAGCACAAUUUUUCUGUACAUUUCUUUGCCGUUGUUUUGCACGACUACAACGUGAAACUUCCAGAACCUUCUUAGGGCCUGUUUACAUGGAGUGGGGGACCCCGGUAUAGUUGGGUUGGUUUCUUUUGUUUUCACGCUCUAGGGGACACAAAACAAAAGAAACCUCCGCCACUAGACCGGGGCCCCCCACUCCAUGUAAACAGGGUCUUAGUUACACGUUCUCGUACGUAUUCUCGUUCACCUUUUUUUUUUUUUCACUGCCGCUCAUUUUCACCUUCCAUUGGUGGCCCUCUAGCGUUUCUCAUCUUCUUACCUCCGCUACAAGAUUUUCAUGUUGUUCUUCCAACGAAAAAAUGUCUUCUUUGUUUCUUUGUCUCUUGCUCUAGAUCUCUGUCGCCCUUUUCCUCGUUGAGCUUCGCUGGCCUGCCGCCUACUUUCUCUAACUCUAUAUUCCAAAUUUGUGGACAUGAUAAUUAAUCUAAGCUUUUAAUUUGUUCAUGCUUUUAGCUGUGCGUAUAUCGAGUUAUGGAUGCACCCGGGAAGUUUGGAGAGCACGGAAGACUUCUUGAGUGCUCUCCAAACUUCCUAAGUGCAAUAACAUAGCUGCCAAAAAUGCUUGUUUUUCGAUUAACUACAAAAUUUUCGUAACGCGAGACACAAUAACAAAGGCUUCACUCUAUUGGCUGAUUACAAACACGCCACAAUAGUGUAGUUUGAGUGAAAAUUCUUUCUGUACAACUGAGAAAGAAAAUUUGCUUAUUUAUUCGUUAACGAUCAAUGAAAACUAAAAAGAAACAAAGGUAAAAGAGUCUUAAAGUCCACCUAAAGUGAAGAUACUCACAUGUUCGUAAGAAGUCGUGAAGUAUGGUUUGGAUUGGUUUGGAUUUGCUGUAAAGAUGUUUAUGUUUUGCUCGGCGAAAUCCAGAAAACUUGUUUUCCAGCGAAGACGACUGUCAUCCUACGUUAACCUUAUAUUCAUUUACGAACAAUGGCUGGUCAUUACGGCUUCUUGAGAAGACCUGGAAGCAGUUGUUUUUGUGAGUAAUAAAUUUAUGUCUUCUUGUGCAAUUUGUCUUGUCAUUGCAAGAGAAAUUUUCCUGCUUCAGUCGGAUUGUUCGGCGAUAACAAAAGUGUGUAAUUCUUUGUAGCCUGCGUAGCAAGCGUUUCUGUGCUGUUUCGAGAGUCAAAGACCGCGCAACAAAGACCGCGCGAAAAAUGGGUAAGCGGGGAGGGGGUGGGGAAGAAAGGAAGGAAACGCUUGCAGACUUCAGGGCGGAAAAACGUAAUGAGCGUGCGUGAACUUUUUCCCAGAUCCCCUGCCCGGGUUUGAAAAAAUGGCGGGAUUUCAAAUAUUUUAUUGCCUAAAAAUAAGAUGUUUCCACUCAUAACCUGGAAAGAACAGGCAAUUUGUCUUCAAAAGUUGCAAGCUGUGGUUAUAACCUUAUCUUUACUUAAUUUUCUCGAAGAAUAUCUCAUAGUAAAACGGACUUUAACGACAUCAAUUUCCUUGCGUUGUACUGGAAAUGUGCAUGCGUAGGUCCGAUUUUUUUCAAGAUGCAUUCACAAAAUGUGUUCAUAUAAGCAAGUUCCUGGAUAUAUAAGGUCCGGAGCUCCACCGUGGACACAAGAACAACAUAUCUUUGGACAGUGAUGUGCCCAAAAAAAUUAACGCUUGCCCACAAUGUGUUUGAAGGCACUGAACUUGUCGCACUCGAGCUGAUAUUUUAAAACCCUCGCUCGAUCGGACACUCGUAGUUUCGCAGAUAACUAAAAUAUAAACAAAAUCCUCAAUGUACAAGUUAUUGCGUUGUUAUGCGGGCAGAAAAAAGGUCAAUCUUUAUCUAGUAAAAUCUUCCCAAAAAUCGGUUUUAAAGCAACUAUAGUUUAUUUUUAAACUUGAUCGUUUCGCGUGCUAAGAGAUAAAUAUAAAUUAUGCUUUGUGUUGUCAAGUUGAAAAUGCAUAACAUCUGUCAAAAACCUACACGUAAGUAGGAUUUCCUUCAAACAAAGUUAAAAUUACAUUAUUGCAAAAAGCUGACAAUGAAGAAAUGAAUUUUUUGUACGAAAACAACCUACCUAAAGAUGUUAAAAGCAAAAGAUCAGUUGCUGUGAGCUAUCGCAUUUAAACCAUGAUUCACCAUGUAACUCUUCUCCUCGCUUUAAUAACUCAGUGAAUAACUGGUCCGUGUGAGAGUCUUCAUUCAAGCAAAUUAAACUCAGCCAAUCGUUACAAAAUUCAGAAAACUGCACAUAAGGGUAUUUGUUUUGCUCGCUUCAGACAAAUCCAGCUCCAGCAAUUCAGUGUUACGGGCAGAGUCAAUUGCUUUGAAGUCACUGCCGGCAGUUGUCCUCUAUUUCACAGCGAGUGAAAUGGGAAAUUUGCGUACAGAAAGUUAUUUCUUAUAAAGAACAGAAACUUUCACAGUGCAGUGGAAAACAAAACUAUGUAAUUAAAAGUGAAGAAAACUCUGACUACUUAUAGUAUUUGAGCAACAGAAAAAUGAUUCUUUUCUUCUAGAGUAAGUUUACUGGCCUUCUACCGGUAUUUCCGAGAAAGUUUUAGGGCGCACAAAAUGGUUCUUUGACUGAAGAGAAGGGUAAAGCAAAGGGAAUAAAUCUGGGCAUGUGAAAAAGUAUUUACUAAUUUAUAAAAAAAGUGAGUUUUAAUUCAGCCCGGCGAAAGAAGGCGAAAUCAACUCACAAAUAAAUCGAAUGAUCAAUCAAAAAAAUACUCGCCUCUUUGGAAAUGUUCAAAACUCUUUAUUCCACCUCAGACUGACGGAAUGAUCCGUUUUUCCUUUAAUAUUGGUUGCUCCGAGUCCAAAGUAAUUUUCAAGUGACGAAAAACAAAAACCACACAAAAGUAAAAAGGCUUUUCGAGGAGCAAACGUUCACACCUUGUGCAUUUCAUUCAGUCUUAGUCAGAACUCUCUCAGUGACCAGUGACAAACAAACAAACUGUCGAACACAGUCAACACACAGAAAAGCCCGCCUUGAGCCUGCGAUAAAGGAUGCGCAGAAGCUUGCGCAGAACGUUUUUCCGCCCUGAACUUGCGACAAACUCCAGGGAAUUUGAAAACCGCCUACUCUGCUUGUCAUGCCUGAGUGCGCAUGGUAAUCUUUGUUUUCUUAACGAUACUCGACUGGCUUUCAACUCAUGCAAAUUACCACUUGUAAUGUGUAAUGUACACAAGUGAUUCUUAUAGUCUAAAUUCGAAGCGAGCAAUCUCACAUGAAUCAAUCAUUUUCUCACCUUGCGUGCUCAGUCGAAAAAUAAAUUGUUGCUGAUUUAAAAUAGGGGUAACGGUUGUUGUUGUUGUUAGUCGAGGAGAUGAAAUACUGGUGAACAGAGAGGUAGGGCAUCUAAUGAGGACCAAGAGUAUUGACCAUAACGAUCAAGGGGUAUGUUCUGGAAGGGCCAAUCUGGAUAGUCCCUUUUUGGUAUAACACCUUAGCGCACUAAAUUGGACAAAGCUUAUUGACUAUGACGAUGGAUGGGUAUAUUCUGAAAGGGCCAAUCUGGUUAGCCCCUGUUUGGAUAACACAUUAGCACACUUUUUUGGACCAAGAGUGUUGACCGUGACGAUGGAGAGAUGUGUUCUGGAGGGGCCAAUCCGGAUAGCCCCUAUUUGGUACAACACCUUCGCGCUUUUGAUCACCUAGCAUGUUAAAAAGCGCACUAUAAAUGAAUAAAUUAUUAUUAUUAUUAUUAUUAUUAUUAUUAUUAUCGUUAUUACACUGUUUUGGGGCCAAAAGUAUUGCGGACCAUCAGAAGAAGGGGUAAAUUCAGGAGGGGCCAAUCUAGAUACUUUUCACCUGGUGUAGUAUUUUAGCAGGAUUUAAAUGACCUUCUUGGGCCAAUCUGGUUAGCUCCCAUUUGGUUUUUCAACCUUAGCACAACAUGUGGGAUCAUACGAGUAUUGACCAUAAAGAUGGACGAGACCAAUCUGGAAAGCCCUUGUCUGGCAUAACAACACCUUAACAUAUUAUUUGAGAAUUCAUUAUUUUAGACAACCUGGAUGGUGACAGCUCCAAAACGUUGAAAACAUCCUUACUAUUAUAACUUAUUAAUCUUAAUUAAAACAUACGCGCUUGAUAAAACUUUACAAAUGUUCAUAAAACUUUGGAAACUUCGGAACAACUUCGGGUUAUGUUGGGAAAUCAUUGUUGGGAAGUCAUUGAGUAGAUUUCCGAUAUCUAUUAUAUUAACAAUAUUUUCAAUCAUUUUGGGUACCUUGCCGGUCAACUUUGUGUUCUUAAUACUCAGCAGUAUAUUUUGGAAAUGGUCUGAAUCCCUUUGCAAGUGCAUUAUAGUUUCUGGGACCUUGCAAGGCAAGUGUCGCGUUUUAUGAGGUUUUUGUUCUGGACUGGGUGUUAAAUAGCAAUAAGAAAUAGAAAAGAGAUAAAUCAAUCAAUCAGUCUAUAUGAUGGGUAAAAAAGAAAUCUUUAGUGUACAAACUAAUCAAUGGUUUUUUCAAAUUCUGUGUGUUUUACUAAUAUAUUUGAUGUUCAGGUGCAAAAGAAGUUGAUAUUAUACUGUAUUGUAGAUCCAGAGAAAAUAGCAGUGCGCAAAAAGAAGAAAAUAAAAUAGGGAUAGAGUGAUGCCAAUUUACAUUACGAGAAAACCCGUUUUUUCUUGGUUCUUCGAGCAAAACGGGCGAGGAAAACUUGUGACGCGCGCUUCUCGCUUGUGAAGUGUGCCACCCCAUUUACUUAGUAACUCUAACGGAUAAAUAAGAGACUACUGGUAGUCUUCAUCAGGUCAAGUUUAAAGACUUAAGUGACAAAAAAAAAGAAUGGCCAAAAUGUAAUUAGCCAUGUUUAGUCUCCUUCCAUAGACAUGCCCACCUCUCCGGCGUAAAAAAUGCGCCCCUCACAGCCAUGCAUCCAAGGCGAGUCUAAAGUCUAAGUUCUCCGUUACUUCCGUUUUAUUUCAGGGUGCAAUAGCCUUGGCAAGAGGUAUUUCAAAGCGCGAGGAUUUUGACAUUGUGCUUUUAGAACAAAAUAAAUAAGUGUUUGCUACGAAGACUUCAAGUUCGAUUGACGUCCCUGUCACGUUUACGUACUUUAUUCUCACUUAAUUUCGCGAGUAUUAGAUUUGGCGAAAAAUUAUGAGCCAUAUUUCGCGAAUAUUUAACUUUUCGAUUUUUCUGUUCUUUAAUAUGUAAAGACGACUUUAAACUCAGAACAGUAAAGGCAGAAUAAGUAAUUACCGUAAUAAAACAGAAAACAAAGACGAUUACGAACAAAACGUCAACCAUCUAAACAUAACAAAGCAUAAGGCCUUCAAUGGUCUAACUACAGUGUAACUACCCACAGAUAGUUACAUAGUAAAUAUCUACACUCUGAUAAACUUGUUGGGAUAACUGAUAAAGCAACAUCUUGAAUAUCGUUAUUUUUUGCGUAUAGGUGUGUCUGGUAUUAAAUUUCGUGAUUUUUCCCGGAUCGCGAAAAUAGCGAAAUAUAAUUCUCUCGAAAAGUGUACGGCAAAAGUUGACUACUUCGAACUCUCAAUGCUUUUAAGAAAGUCGUUUCCUUCUCAUCCUCUUGAUUAACAUGUGAAACAGGGAAGCAAACCCCUUCCAAUAAUAGAAAUUACACGAUCUUGUGUUAAGCGAAAGCAAUCAGAAUUAGUCCGGCCAGUUGGUUCUGUCUGCGCGUAUGCGUCUGUGUUAAAAAGGAGUCCGCGCAGUUAAGAGGCAGCGUGCAAGCAGGCGGGAAAAAAAUAAAAAAAAAAGAGUGUAUCGAACUAACUACUAACUAGUUUAACUACGAAUAGAAGAAUAGUUCUCAUUUUGUUGUUGUGUGGAUUUUAUGGGCCGCGUGUUGAUUCUGACCUUUUGCAUACAGCUGAUAGUUCUUAACCCCAUUACGAUUCAAGUAAAAGUCAGCUGAGCAUAAUUUAGAGAGGAAAACCACAUUGUACGAUCUGCUGGUCUCGUUGCUAUAAUUAACUUUAGCCAGCAUUGAAGUCUGAAAACACAUCAGGGCCAGCAAUUUUGUCUUGUAACCAGGAUAAAUGUGGGUUAAACGAAACGUAUUGCCCUGCUCAAAACCUCAGCCUGGCGAAGGAAACAGUAAUUAUAAUUUCAGUUAUGAGCAUUCAUCUCAUCUUCACUGUCGCCGCCGUCUUCGGUAGCUAUCUUGUGAUUAGAGCGUUUCACAAAUUUCAUAGUCUUCGAACUGCUUCUAACGUUAUUCUGGUAAGUUUGUCAACAGCUGACGGUUUACUGGCGAUUCCUUUGAUUUUCGGCAUCGUCCAAAUGAGUCUUAGACUGUUAAACGGCUCUGAUGCUGAGUGUAGCUCCGGUCCUCUUGGAAAAAUAACCUUCAUAUCCAGCUUCUUUCUCAUCUCCGUUAUAAUUCUUCACCUCGCGUUGAUAAGCGUAGAACGUUUAAUCGCCGUGAAGUUCGCCUUAAGAUACCACACCAUAGUAACCAAUCCUCGAGCACUGAUCGUUGCCUUGGCGAUGUGGUUUUUUGCUGCGACCGUUACGAUAACUUUUGCAACGACACUUGUGGUAAACAGUGGAGACAUUGGACGGUUUCGCCAAGCGAUGGAUCCACACUGUAAAAACCCUGAAGAUUCUUUGGAUCACGAUCUUAAUCCGUUAAUGAAAGGGCUUCUCAUCUUUCUAGUAAUGUUUUUGCCAGUCAUCCCCUUGGUAAUCAUUUUGUGUUCAUAUGGCUACAUCUUUAUCAUCUCCUACAAACAAAGGAAAAAUAUAAGAGGACAAAACAACAUUCCAGGAAAGGCUACCGCCAUCAAGCACGAAAUGAAAGGCGCCAAUACAGUGCCGUAGCCAGACCAAACGGCCAACCGAGGCAGGCGGGAGUUGCAAGGGGGUUCGGGGGCAUGCCCCCCCCCCCGAGAAAUUUUGAACUUUAGUCUCUCGGAAAUGCGAUUUGCAGCGUUUUCUGGGCCUUUCGGUAACUUUUUUUCGAGUUAAUUUAAGUGGAAUUUAAAAAGCAAUAAUCAGAAACAAGCUACAUAAUCUGGGUGACCGUUAACCUCGCCAAUGGUUUUGAUCAGUAUUUGUUCAAAAAAAAUUUGAGUUAACGUACGUAGCCCCUUGAGAUCGAUGAUAUGGUAAUUUUUUCAUAGUAUAUUGACUGAAUUGCUGAAUUCUUUGUAAUAUCAUGAUGCGUUAAAAAUAUCCGAUGAUCGCUUAUGUAAAAUAAAAAUGAUCGGCGAAAUUCGUCAAAAUUUUACCGAGGCGAGUGCCUCGGUUGGCCUCAUACUAGCUAAGGCGCUGCAAUACUCUUGCUAUUGUUGUAGCCGUCUGCCUUCUCAGUAUCGUUCCACUGAUAAUCAUGACAGGCCUUCGCGUUUUCAGUGAACUUCCCGAACGUUGCGACCCAAAGAGAAAGUUAAUUAAGUUUAUUGUUUUUGACUUGGCAACAGGCUUAAACACCAUCUGUAAUCCUCUUGUCUACGGAUGGAGAAAU